AUGGCCGAAGGACCAGCUGAGUGCGGCGUGCAGGUCUUCUGCCGUAUUCGACCACUAAAUAAGACCGAAGAAAAAAAUGGCGAUCGAUUUCUGCCCAAAUUUCCGUCCGAAGACACGAUUUCCAUCGGGGGAAAAGUAUUCGUGUACGACAAAGUCUUCAAACCGAAUACAACCCAGGAGCAAGUUUAUAUGGGUGCAGCCUAUCACAUUGUCCAAGAUGUUCUGUCGGGUUACAAUGGAACAGUAUUCGCCUACGGUCAGACGUCUUCUGGUAAAACUCACACAAUGGAGGGUGUGAUUGGUGAUCAAGUAAUGCAGGGUAUCAUCCCACGGAUAGUACAGGAUAUUUUCAAUCACAUCUACACUAUGGACACUGAACUAGAAUUUCACAUUAAAGUCUCUUACUUUGAAAUUUAUAAUGAGAAGAUUCGUGAUUUGCUAGAUCCUGAAAAGGUGAACCUUUCGAUUCAUGAAGACAAGAAUCGUGUCCCCUAUGUGAAAGGAGCCACUGAACGAUUCGUAGGAAGUCCAGACGAAGUAUUACAGACUAUUGAGGACGGAAAAAGUAAUCGAAUGGUUGCCGUUACUAAUAUGAAUGAGCACUCUUCUCGUUCUCACUCUGUUUUCUUGAUAACUGUAAAACAGGAACAUCAAGCAACAAAGAAACAGCUUGCUGGCAAGCUAUAUUUGGUAGAUUUAGCAGGUUCUGAGAAGGUCAGUAAAACUGGUGCUCAAGGGACUGUAUUAGAAGAAGCGAAAAAUAUUAACAAAUCUCUCACAGCACUUGGUAUCGUCAUUUCUGCAUUAGCCGAAGGAACGAAAUCUCAUGUACCCUAUCGAGAUUCGAAACUCACCCGAAUUCUUCAAGAAUCUCUUGGAGGAAACUCACGAACGACUGUCAUCAUUUGCGCGUCUCCUUCACAUUUUAAUGAGGCCGAAACCAAAUCAACCCUUAUGUUUGGUCAGCGAGCAAAGACGAUUAAGAAUGUUGUCCAAAUCAAUGAGGAGCUCACUGCUGAAGAAUGGAAACGACGCUAUGAGAAAGAAAGGGAUAAGGUCACUCGUCUGUCUACUGUUCUUCAAGCUCUCAACCUGGAGAUGACACGAUGGCGAGGUGGCGAACGAGUUAGUGAGGCUGAGUGGAUCAACCUCAAUGAUACUGCUGGACUUUUGGCUGUAUCCGACACACCUACAGAUUCCACAACUCCGUCAAUGGAAAGAUCCAUGAUAGCCCCUGCACCACCGAUGCUCACCUCGGUCACCGGUCCUAUCACCGAUGAGGAAAAGAAAAAGUACGAAGAGGAGCGAGUGAAAUUAUACCAACAGCUCGAUGAGAAGGACGACGAGAUUCAACGUGUCAGUCAAGAGCAUGAGAAGCUGAAGGCUCAGGUCUUGUUGCAAGACGAAUCGAUUCAAGCAAUGCGCGAGAAUGAGGAGACGUUGCGUGAAGAGCUUGUUCGCAUUCAGAAGGAAAGCGAUGACAAACAGAAUGAGACCAAAGAAAUGAUUUCUGCCAUCGAAGACAUCGCCGUCCAACUUGAGGUCCGAAACGCCGAAUAUGAGAAGUUGAAGAAGGAGCUUGAAAUUGUCAUGGAAGAAAACCAACAACUAGAGGACAGUUCAAGCCAAGCAACAAGCGCUCUCAAUGCGCAUCUAGACGAGUGUGGUCCGAAAAUCAAGCACUUCAAGGAUGCUAUUUACAACAUCAUCCGCGAGUACGUCAACCAGAAUGAUGUCCUUCCCGAUCAUGAACUGCUCAACCACAUGCGAAUCGGAGUCUCCAAGCUGUUCAGUGAGAACACAGCAGCGAAAGAGAUGAACUCAGCUGAAGCUCAAGCGGCUGAGAAAAAGCUCGAAGAAAUGGACUCUGUGAAGGGCCAAGAUGCAAAUAAGUUGAAGCAGUUGCUGGUGAAAGAUCAGGCAGCCAGAGAAUUGAAACCGCUCACCGACAGAGUCAACACGGAACUCGCUACUUUGAAAAACUUGAAGAAGGAGUUUGUCCGAUUGAUUCUCUCGCGAUGCCAGGCUGGCCUUGACGUAGAAGAGGAUUGCCUUUCUGGCCCUGCUCAAAAACAGCGAAUCCAAUUCCUUGAGAACAAUUUGGACAAACUCACCAAGGUGCACAAGCAGCUUGUUCGCGAUAAUGCUGAUCUUCGCGUGGAACUACCAAAGAUGGAGGCGCGUCUGCGAGGAAGGGAGGACCGCAUCAAGCAACUUGAGACGGCUCUACGUGAGACUAAAGAGAGAUCACAGCUUGAGCGACGAAAGUAUCAGCAAGAGGUAAAGGUGGAGCGCAUCAAGGAUGCAGUCAGACAGCGCAAUCAACGCCGUCAGAAUACUCCUCAAAUCGUCAAGCCAAUCCGCCCUGGACAGGUUUACUCGCCCUCGCCUGCAAUGGUCGUCGGUACACCAAAUCUCGCGCCACGACCAGCCAAUGCUACUCAAAUGAAUGGUGAGACAUCGCCAGAUGUCGUUCUAUAG